UUUUUGGAAUAUGUGGCUCAGAGGGAAGAAAGGUAGGUAUCUUCUGGGAAACUGGUGAUCGUUUCUUGGGAAGAUUGGAUGCAGAGGUAUUUCCAAAUCUCCAGCACGUUAACAAGCUGAUCUCUGGGAGCCAAACCCACAUGCUAUGGUAUAAGGGAGAUGGAUCUGUGGGAGCCUAUAAAACCCCUCAAAAAAAAGCCUUUUGGCUGACACUCAAACACUGGCACUUAAAGAGGGCAAUUGUCCUGCAGGAAGAACUAACAGCAAAAGGGAAUGGCACAUGUAUGGGGAUAUGGUCCUGACAAUGGACCAGAUACUUGGCACCACUCUUUCCCAAUUGCCCAAGGAGAUCAUCAGUCCCCUAUUGAUAUCAAUACAAGUCAAGCCAAGUAUGACGCGUCUCUUAAACCAGUCAGCAUCCAUUAUGACCCCUCAACAGCAAAAGUCAUUCUGAAUAAUGGCCAUGCUUUCAAUGUGGAAUUUGAAGAUUCUGAAGACAAAUCAGUUCUUAGAGGAGGACCUGUUGAUGGAACCUACAGAUUGAAGCAGUUUCACUUUCACUGGGGAUCCUGCGAUGGACACGGCUCUGAGCACACUGUCGAUGGAGUUAAAUACGAAGCAGAGCUGCACUUGGUUCACUGGAACACAAAAUACGCCAGUUUUGGUGAAGCUGUGAAACACUGCGAUGGGCUGGCAGUAGUUGGUGUUUUUCUCCGGGUAGGAGACACAAAACCUGAAUUGCAGGAGGUGAUCAAUGCCUUAAAUCUUAUUCCAAAUAAGGGAAAGGAAGCCGCUUUCACUGAUUAUGACCCGUCCGGCCUGCUUCCAAACUCCUUGGAUUUCUGGACCUAUAAGGGUUCUUUAACCACUCCACCACUCCUUCAGUGUGUUACUUGGAUUCUCCUUAAAGAGCCAAUCAGUGUUAGCUCUCAACAGAUUUCAAAGCUCCGAAGCCUUUUCUUUAAUGACGAAAGUGAAGACCCAUGCCACAUGGUGGACAACUUCCGUCCACCACAACCACUGAAGAACAGAGAGGUCAGGGCCUCAUUCCAUUAGGAAAAGCCAAUGUAUUCUCUAUGUUUUGUCAUCAGCUGUAGAACCAACUUUAACUUUGAAUUAUCUCUAGCUUUGCAAACUGGGAGAUUUUUUUCUUAGCUGAGAGUCAUAAUCCUUUUUUCUCUCUAAGCAUUUAAUUCUUCUGCUUAAUGAAAUGUGAAAGUCUGCUGACAGGCAAAUCAGUCAUAAUGUGAGAUUCACUUUAAAGCU